UUUCCACGUUAUUCGGUCCCUCUCCCGUUGUUACCUGCCGGAGUUUUUCUCCAAAUGUCGGUUUCUUUUUCCCGUUUUCCGGUUGGGAUCUCCGUGUUUUAUCUCUUCCCUCUCUGGUUCUCUCAUUCCGACCUUCCCCAUUGAACCAGCCUCUCUCUUGUUCAUGGAGAUCCCCCCCAACCACACCGUAGCCUGAGGUACUAGAAGUCCCAAAGACUGCACCCGUUGUCCAUCGAUAUUUUGCAUCCAGGGCCACACCGAGAGAACGGGGGAACCAGCAGAAAACUGUCGGGGAAAGAUGAUUUUCCACGGGUCGGCUCUUAGCUUUAACGGGAGGGAGCUGGAGGCCUUGUUCGCACUCUACUCUCCUUCAUCGGACUUGGAGGGGAAGGACUUUGCCUGGUCGGCGAGCUUGAGGAGCAACAGCUGCCACGACUUCCUGGGAAUGGAGACUACCUCGAGGAACAACUACUCGCCAUUAUCUCCUAUGCGCACGAACCAGAGGCAUCACCAGGCGGCUCUGAGGCUGCAGAAAGUCUAUAAGAGCUUCCGGACAAGGAGGCAGCUCGCAGACUGUGCCGUUCUCGCCGAGCAGAGAUGGUGGAAACUGCUGGAUUUUGCCGAACUGAAGAGGAGCUCCAUAUCGUUUUUCGACAUAGAGAAACCUGAAACUGCUAUUUCCCGUUGGUCGAGAGCAAGAACUAGGGCCGCAAAGGUGGGGAAGGGCUUGUCCAAGGACGAGAAGGCUCGAAAACUAGCUCUGCAACAUUGGCUAGAGGCGAUCGACCCUAGACACAGAUACGGCCAUAAUCUUCAGUUUUACUAUGCUAGAUGGCUCCACUGCGACAGCAAGCAGCCUUUCUUCUACUGGCUUGACAUUGGAGAGGGGAAAGAGACCAACCUUGAUUGGUGCGCCCGAUCGAAGCUUCAGCAGCAAUGCAUCAAGUACCUUGGAACAGAGGAAAGAAAGGCUUACGAGGUUUCAGUGGAGGAUGGCGAGUUUCUGUACAGGCAGAGCGGAAAGCUUCUGGACACGAGGGAAGGACCCCCUGAUGCAAAGUGGAUAUUUGUUCUCAGCACUUCGAAGAUCUUAUAUGUCGGGCAGAAGAGCAAGGGCACAUUCCAGCAUUCAAGUUUCUUGGCUGGCGGAGCAACAUUAGCGGCCGGAAGAUUAUUCGUGGAAGAGGGGAUCCUCAAGGCAGUUUGGCCUCACAGCGGGCACUAUCUCCCAACAGAAGAAAAUUUCCAGGAGUUGAUGUCUUUCCUCGAGGAACACAAAGUUGAUCUUUCCAAUGUAAAGAAAUGCCCAACCGAAGAGGAAGAAGCUACACUGUUCAAAAGAGUCAACAACACAAUCUCAAGUUGCUCUUCAGAAGAGAAUCUAACCCGACGUAUGGACGAACCAAAUACUGAAAAAUCAGCUCAAGGGAAAGAUGACUUGAGAAAGCAAAACCAGAAUGCAGAUGAAAGCUCCGACCAGACCGCUUCUACUUGGUCCAGGAGACGGGGCAUUAGACUGGGCUCUUUGAUCACAAGACUCGAGAUACCUGGAAGGGCUGAUCGGCUCUACAUGUUUAGGAAAGAUUUGGGCACUCAGCCCCCGAACUGUGAAUCUCCUGGAGAAGAUGGAUAUGAAACGGCCGAGGAAUAUUUCCUGGAGCAAGAGUUCAUGGUCUCGAAGCCGAACUUGUUUGAUGAUAAGAACGACAAGGACCUUAUCCCGAAGGAGAAGAUCAUGAAGAGGAUUGAUUCUCAUAAGGGGAUGAAAUCAUACCAGUUGGCGCAGCAGCUCUCAAGCAGGUGGACCACUGGGGCAGGUCCACGGAUUGGGUGCAUGAGGGACUACCCCACAGAACUUCAAGUCCAGGUCUUGGAGCAGGCGAACUUGUCCCCGAGGGGAACUGCCCGCACCUCAGCCCCCAGAGCAAAUUCACGUUUCGGCUCGAUGGCUUCGCUUACUUCGAUCUCUUCUUGCAGAGAAUCGAACAAUGGUGGAAGCCCUCUCACUCCCGAUAGACUUGUCCUGUUCCAAACAGCAACCCCGUAACAAAUGUAACGGAACUGCGGAUUAGAGUAGAGAUGAUGGUGAUAGAUAAUUAUCGUCCUGAUGCUGCAUUCUUUCUUGGUCGUACAUGUACGAGCAUGAUGACUCUUUUUGGUAGAAAGUAUUUCUUACCAUGAUAAGAAUGAGAUCUUGAAAGAAUUUUGCAGAUCAAAUGUUCCUGGAACAUCGUUAUGUAUUUAUAUUCACGUGAACAUUAUCUAGCACCAGCCACGACAUGGAACAACACUGCCCGAAGAGUUUUACAAGAGAGCUACAAGAAGUUACUGGUAAAAAAGGAGGAGCUAUGUGUACAGU